AAAUUGGCAUGUGCUGGCCAGAAAGGACAUUUCCAUGUUUAUGACAUUCAUCGGCCUGAAGACAAUGCAAAAAUGUUUGAAGGCUUUCGAAUUCGAUGCCUUUAUGCUUGUAGUGAUGGAAAAACAGUUUUGGCUGCAGAUACUCACAACAGGCUAUUUUACUUUAAAAAUUAAAAUAAUUAUUGAGAGAGAGAGGGGGAGGGAGGGAAGGGUUGGGGGGUUUUAG